CGCCAGAGCACUUCCUUUUUCCUGUUUGGCCGCAAUCAUGUCACUCGUGAUACCAGACAACUUCCAGCACAUUCUUCGUGUGAUGAACACGAAUAUUGAUGGUAAACGAAAGAUCAUGUUUGCCAUGACGGCAAUCAAGGGUGUUGGUCGACGAUAUGCCAAUGUUGUUCUCAAGAAGGCUGACAUCGACCUGAAGAAGAGGGCUGGUGAACUCAGCGAGGAAGAGGUCGAUCGUAUGAUGACGAUUAUGCAGAACCCUCGACAGUACAAGAUCCCCGAUUGGUUCCUCAACAGACAGAAAGAUAUCAAGGAUGGCAAAUACAGCCAGAUUAUGUCGAACGCUCUCGACAGCAAGAUGAGAGAGGAUCUGGAACGUCUCAAGAAGAUUAGGGCACACAGAGGACUUCGACACUACUGGGGCCUGCGUGUCCGUGGUCAGCACACCAAGACGACUGGUCGACGUGGAAGAACUGUGGGUGUGUCCAAGAAGAAGUAAACUAGAUUAUUAUUCUGUAUAAAGAUGAAAAUGAAAAAAAAUUAAGAAAUCUAA